AUGGUGAGAGGGCGGCUGGGCAUCUGCAGUCCGGGUGGAGGGAAUUUUGGAUCCAGAAGCUGCCGUGGUUUGGGGCCCUGUCCCUUCCGGAGUCUGCGCCCUGGUCUCGUGGUCGGGGCCUUAGGUCCGCUGCAGCCUGGAGGGUCUAAAGCCUUGAACUCCGUCCUUCGUCCCUACAAUUUAGAAUUUGAAAAAGUAUUAGAUAUAUUCCAUAUAAAAGCCUUUUUUGACAGUGGUACUUCCUCUGUAGAUGAGUCCAGUGUUUUAUCUGUGAUUGUUCUGGAGCCCCUGACCUUUGAGGAUGUUGCUGUGAACUUCACCCUGGAAGAGUGGGGUUGCUUGGAUCCUUCCCAAAAGAAGCUCUACCGGGAAGUGAUGCUGGAAACCUACAGCAACCUACCUGAAGUGUUAGAGAGCCUGGAUGAACAUAAAGAGCAUAUUCAAUGUGGAGAAUCCUUUCAACAGACUCUAGAGAACAUUGUAAGCAAGGGAACUCCGCUUAGAAUAACACCAUGUAAAAGUAAUACAUAUAAUGCUUAUGGGAAAAUCUAUGCUGAUUGCAAGACUCUUGUAGUCCAUGAAAGGACGAACAAUGUAGUGAAGUCUCAUGGAUGUAAGCAAUGUGGAAAAGCCUUCACACAACAUGCUACCCUUCGUAUUCAUCAAACAACUCGCAUUAGAGACAAACCCUAUGGAUGUAAGCAAUGUGGGAAAGCCUACACUUCUUCCAAGAUGCUUCGUAUUCAUGAAAGAACUCACACUGGAAAGAAACCCUAUGGAUGUAAGCAAUGUGGGAAAGCCUUUACUGAUUCCAGUAGCCUUAAAAAACAUAGAAGAUCUCACACUGGCGAGAGACCCUAUGCGUGUAAGCCAUGUGGGAAAGCCUUCACUUAUUCCAAUAACCUUCGAAGACAUGAAAGAACUCACACUGGAGAGAAACCCUAUGGAUGUAAGCAAUGUGGGAAAGCCUACACUUCUUCCAAUAUGCUUCAUAUCCAUGAAAGAACUCACACUGGAGAGAAACCCUAUGAAUGUAACCAAUGUGGGAAAGCCUUCACUUCUUCCAGCUACCUUCAGAAACAUAGAAGAAUUCACACUGGGGAGAGACCCUAUGUAUGUAAGCAGUGUGGGAAAGCUUUUACUCAUUCCAGUCACCUUCAACUACAUCAAAGAAUUCACACUGGAGAGAAACCCUAUGGAUGUAACCAAUGUGGGAAAGCCUUUGCUCAUUCCAGUCACCUUAAGAAACAUAAAAGGAUUCACACUGUAGGGAAACCCUAUGCAUGUAAGCAGUGUGGGAAAGGUUUUACUCGUUCCAGUCACCUUCAACGACAUCUAGGAACUCACACUGGAGAGAAACCCUAUAGAUGUAACCAAUGUGGGAAAGCCUACACUUCUUCCAGCUACCUUCAGAAACAUAGAAGAAUUCACACUAGAGAGAAACACUGUGCAUGUAACCAGUGUGGGAAAGCCUUUGCUCAUUCCAGUCACCUUAAGAAACAUAGAAGAACUCACACUGAGGAGAAACCCUAUGCAUGUGAGCAAUGUGGAAAAGACUUCACUCAUUCCAAUCACCGUCAAAUACAUGAAUCAACUGACACUGGAGAGAAACCCUAUGCACGUAAGCAAUGUGGAAAAAAUUUCACUCAUCCCAGUGACCUUUGA